UUUGACACAGAAAGAAGGCCCCUCCUUGGAAAAAUGAGUAUCUUUGAGGCUUCUGAUUCCAAGUCCAAACUUCUCACUUGCAUGCCACUUGUCAUUUCUAUCAGGGGGUUGAGGCUUGGGACUUCAGUGGAUGGCAGAUGACAUAGCUAUGGGUGUGGCUGGGGGGCUCUCAGGGAUGAGGGCUGUGUGCAGAACGUCAGAUCCCGGGGGGAAACAACCUUCUCAUUGCCUAUUACAGUGAGAAUUUGGGAGAAUUGACUUUCAGAAGCUUCUAGAAAAGGGCUGUGAGGAGCAUCCUGCUUGCAGGAGUCUCCAUCCCCUUCCCAAUACCUGCAAGUCUGCCUAUUGGAUGGACAGCCUCUGCACAGGAGUCCUGCCAGAAUGGAGCUACGGUGGGAGGCUCUCACGCCCCUGGUCCCCAAUCUGCCCACAGCACCUUGUGUUCCUUCUUCACCCUGUGGAUGGACUUCUACCCUGCUGACUUCUAUGAGCCCAGGAACCGAGACGCCCUGAAUGAACUCAUGCGCUACGCGAUGCUCAACAUGCCCUCCUCCGACCUGCUCCUCCGCUUGCACAUUCUCCUCGAGCAGCUGGAGGAGCCCGGGGCCAGUCAGCCUGAGAAAAAGGGGAAGACGUCAGUCAUUGUGUAGACUCCCGAGAGCCUGUUUUGGCCACCAGAGAGCAGCUGCUCCUGACCUCCAGGUGCAGAACCCAUCGGUGAUGCCAGAGAGGGAGACCGGUGGGGACCUGGAGCCAUCACUGGACUCCAGAAAACACAUGAACACACAGCGGUGUGUGCCACUUACGGCAAGGCCCAACGAGACGUUGAAUCCUGUGGAUGUCCCACUUGUUGUGAAGUCCACAGGUGACGCCGGUGAGCCUGCAGGUAUCCUUGAGGAGGAGGAAGAUCCAGAAUUUCUUCCUCUCACGUUCACAGUGCGCUUAGAUCGGCUCCAUAGGAGUGAAACUGGCACACCACUUGCUGAGCAGGAUAAAGUUAACACCCGUGGGGCUCGUGGAAAUGUCCCCUGUCUACGCUCAGCAGAACCACUAUGUGAGGUUCAAGGGCUGGAUCCGGUUGAGGAAAGCGAAUCUGCCCUCACAGAAUAUCGGGACAAAUCUUUCCUGCCAAUCUCCACUUGAGAAACUGGAACCUGCCCCUCCAACUCAGGAAGGAAAUGCCGUGCUUAAUGAGGGGGUCGAUCCCUGCGAGCUCUGACCAAGAGUUUCUUCCUGAAGGCAACAUUGGGGCCGAUCUCAACUUAGAGCUGCCCCCCCCCCCCCCAAAUCCCUGGGAAAACCUCUAUCUUUCUUUUGCCCUGAUUGUUGUAAAAUAUUCAUUCUUCUAAGUUUAUCCUUCUAAGUUUAUUAAAAUAAUGUUUACAUUAUGUUGUACAA